AUGACAAGACCGUCCUCGGGAACCUCAAACCUCAAACCUCAAACCCCAAAACUCAAAUCUCCCAAGCCAAGAUCAAAAUGCAGUGAAAACACGAAAUUCCUCUUCCAAAAAAUGAAGCACACUCACAACCAUGAUUCCAAAGCUCUCAUAGUUGCUCGUUACCCCAAGAAAAAUCCAUAUAUUAAUAUAAAAGCAACACCAACAUGGACCGGAAUCUUCGAUCCUUCUUUCCGGCUGCUGAUCCUUCCUCGAUAUCUGGGGGUACAGACGGCCAUCGUACCCCUUCCCUCUUCUCGCCGCAUCACGAGUUUGGAGUACGAACAGGAACAGGAACAGGAACAACAGAGAUGGCGGGACCAGCAACGAGAAGAACAAUCCACACAAUCCGAAGCGAAAAAUACGAGUGAGAGCUCGAGUCCUACAUUGAGUAUUCGUAGUUCCUGUUCUUGUUCCUGUUCUCAUUCCUGUAUCUCCGAAUCCUCGCAUUCUGCACUUCGUACGGGUAGUUCUUCUUCCGAUUCCUCAUAUACGUCAAUUUCUUCAACGAAAAUGUUCUCAACUACAAAUUCUACACAUACCCAUACCCAUACUCAAACCCACCCCCCAAAUCCCAGCACACGCAACUCUCUCCAUACCCCCCAACUUUCCCCAAAGAGCCUCGCAAGUCCAGCGCACUUCUCAGAAAUAGAAAUACAAGAGACUCCGACCCGGACUCCGAUUCCCAAACCGUCGCUGGAUAUACUCUCCGAUUCGAACACAGAUUCAGAUUCAGAUUGCGACGAUAAUGACGAUGAUGAUGAAGAUUUCAUCGACGAGAACGACGAUUUUCAACCUGUAAUAAAAGAUAACACAGAGGAAGAUUCAACAAUCUGUGAUCUCAUGGAGAGAAUGCGCAAGAUGAGUAUAUGA